GAGGAUUUAGAGUUGUUUUUGCACUUCUCACUGAAAUCCCAAUGUUUACAGAGGAAGUGCUUAAUGCCGUAAACUCACAGUAACAUCUUUUCUCUAUGACUUGACAUAGUGAAUAGGCAGUUGCAGGAGAGAGGCCAAACUGUGUCGGAUCAGCAUUCAUUCAGCAUUAGUGUAGGGUUGUUGUUUAAUGCUGUAGUCUGCAGGAAAACGUGUGCUGUCUGUCACCUCCCUGUUUGUGUAGAUAACAGCAGGACAACAGUAAGACGAAGAUCAGUGUGAGCUUCAGGUGUCAACAAUAAAAACAGCGAUGGUUGUUGUUUCCUCACGUCUUUAAGUUCUGCACAGACGUCUGAUGGAUGCCUGUGACUUACCUGACUGCAAAGAUCUGACCAUGAGGUGGCGCUUCCUUCCCCUUCCUCUCCUUCUCUUGCUCCUCUCCCUGCUGGUGGACGGAGAUUCAGGAUUCAGGAUCUGUGCCUACAAUGUGGACAACUUCAACUUGGCCAAAGCAUCACAAAGAAGUGUUCUACACACUCUGACACGGGUUGUGGCUCGCUGUGAUAUCUGUCUCCUGCAGGGGGUGAAGGAUCCUGAUGGUAAAGCCAUUCAAAAGCUUCUAAUUUCUGUAAACAGGGCCACUCAAAGGUAUGAAAAUCACAAAUACAAGGAGGUAUCCAGUAAGAGUCAUGGAAACUCUCCCGCCGACAUGCAGCAGUAUGUUUUCAUCUACAGGUCAGGCAUGGUGAAUGUGACAGGGAAGCAUCAGUACGAGAAGAAAAAUGCCUUUGUCAGAGCGCCGUAUGCCGUUCAGUUCCAAAGCGAUAAAACCGCAAUCAAGAAGUUUGUUUUGGUUCCACUGCACACUGAUCCCAGUAAGGCUGUUCAGGAGAUCGACCGACUAUACGACGUCUUUGAGGAAGUCCGCAAGAAAUGGAACAACACGAAUGUGAUGUUCCUGGGAAAUUUCCAUGCCAGCUGUGCCUAUAUGACCCGAACGAACAAGAAAGACAUCCGACUCUUCACUCGGGCCGGUUUCUCCUGGCUGAUCCGAGACAAAGUGGACACCACCGUCGGGGAGCACACUAACUGUGCUUAUGACAGGAUCGUGGUAUAUGGGAAACCCUUUCUGAAGGGCAUCACUCCGUUCUCUGCGAUAGUCUUCAACUACGUCAAAGAGUUCAAACUCUCCAAGACCAGGGCGCUGGAUGUGAGCGACCACUUACCUGUGGAGGUGAGACUAAAGAGCUCCGCCUCUCUCCUCCAGGCCAUCCCCCUCCUGAUCCUCAUCAGCGUCUCAGCUAUCGUGCAGUACUGCCUGUCUGCUCUGUGAUCGUCUGCUUCAGUCUUGAGGUGUAACUGAUUAAAAAAGCCUUUUUUUAAAUCCAAAGUCACCUGCAAAUCAAUGCUCUGAUUAUAAAGAGGGAUCUGGUUUCUUUUAACAGUGGUUAGAAGUAACACAGAUUUCUUUGUAGAUGUAGUAGUCGUUCCUCUGGUUUAGUGUGUCAUAUGACAAGUAAAGGUAACAGACAAGCCUCGAGAAAAAGAAAAUUGAGUGACACAUUAUUGUAUUUUUAUAUCAAGAUAGAUUAUUAUUAUUGGGGUGCUCAUUUUUAUUUUGAAAACCCAAUGUAUUUACCUUGUUUCUGAAGAUAUCAGACCUUGUGAUAUCGUAUAGCGUUUUUCCAAUGUAAUGGCUUUUUCUCAAGAUAACAAAUGUCCCAUCCUGUAUUGGUCUGCUUCCUUUAUUAUAAAUAUAAUAAUUGUAAUGCAAUAUAAGAUAAAAUAACAUAAUAUAUUCAGGAUGGAUGAUACAGCAGUUGCGGUUUUUAAACUAGCUUAAUGAUUGUAAAUACUGUAUAUUGAAUUUUAAUAACACAUUAUGCAACUGUUUGGAUUUUCCAAAUGGCUAAUAAGUCAACUUAUUAUAUCAGAGGUAAUAUUUCCUAAUACUUUUCUCUGUAAAUAUUUGGAGUAUGUGAGGAAAUUGUAAGACUUUUAUUGUACUUGAGUUUGUAUGUGUUUUUUAAUAUUCAGUGAAGUUUUUUUUUAUUUUGAAAUAAAAUGUUGUCAUUACUUGAAA